CCAAAGGUCCCUGCACAAUGUUUAAAAACCAGUCCAAUGUGGACAGUUAAGUCUUUUCUUCAACGCGUUCAACUGCAACAAUGAAACAACUAUUGACACUAGCUUUGCUGCUAUGUGCACUGGCCACAUUGACAGAAGCUUCCUGCUUCGUCAGGGACGCAAAAUCAAAUGGCACCCACUGCUUUGAUGUGAUUGAUAACACUUGGUAUGAAAAUGAAGCAACAUGGAGAAACAGCGAGUGUUAUGACUGUUCUUGCAGAGGAUGUUGUUCGGCGUACUCCACGCCCAGAGCGUUCCCUGAGGAUUGUGUGUCAGUAUUCAACCAAGCUCUAUGUGAAUACAUAGUGCACAAGAAGGGUGACCCCUCAACACUGUGUCCCAUUUGGGCGUCAGUUGGAAAGUAAUGAGACCGCAGUAGCCAAACAGUGAUGUUUGACACUGUGACUGAAUCAAUAAAACAUAGCUUUAACAAACA